AUGCAAUAUAUAAAAAAUCAAUUACCUCUGAUCAUUUCGGUAAUUAAAAGCUUAGAUAUCUUUGGAUAAUCCAUUACUUUGAACAUUAACAAACAAAAAGCAUAUAAAACAGCAUUUGGUGGCAUUUCAUCAAUCUGUCUCAUCUUCAUUUUGAUCACUAUAUUUCAAUCCAAUAUUGUUGAUUUCUUCAAAAAAACAGAUGUUGUUUUCUCUACCAAAACUGAAUUUGACCCAGACCCUGCUUAAAUUAAAAUGAAUAUCUAAAAUUACAUGGUAGCAUUUUCAAUUGAAUAAAUCAAUUUCGUCACCAACCCGAUGUUCAAUAUAACAAUCGAAUAAAGGUAAUGA